CCGGUGUGUUCGGUGGCUAGCUACCUAGUGGCCUGUGCGUGUCGUGACUGGUCUGGCCUCGCCUGACAGUACCGCGCCGCGCAGCACCUUGUCUCCAUGCCAACCCUUGGAUUUUACCCGACCUUACAUCAGGGAGCUACCAUGCCAAUAUGUGGAUUGUAGGGACUCGGCCGGUCAUCGGCUCUGUGCUCGCUGUCCUUCUGUGUCUGCAUAUCUCGGUCGCCUUUGACAUCAGAGCUUGUGACGAGGCCCUGGGUUUGGAGUCUGGAGUGAUUCCUGACAAUGCUGUCACAGCCAGCUCCUCCUACGUGCCAAACGUUGGUCCUCAGUUUGGCAGACUGCGGGUGGAGCGAGCAGGAGGUGGCUGGUGUCCCAAGCUGCAGAUAGAGCGGGGAGUCCGAGAGUUUCUGCAGGUCGGCCUGGACGAGGUGUACGUGGUAACUGGAGUACAGACUCAGGGAAGGUUCGACCAUGGCCGCGGCCAGGAGUAUGCCGAAGAGUAUAGCCUGGAGUAUUGGAGGCCAGGGCUUCCCGACUGGAGAGAAUACCAUCGUUGGGACGGGAAGAAGAUUCUGACCGGCAACAGCGACACCAGUUCUGUGGUCUCGCACCGACUGAUGCCGCCUCUGUUCGCCUCCCAAGUGCGCAUCAUCCCCUACAGCGUCCACAGACGUACUGUGUGUCUCAGGCUUGAAUUGCGAGGCUGCGCUCACCAUGGAGGGGUAGUGAACUAUAGCAUGCCGGAGGAACCGAGCUGGGAACCGGGUCAGGACCUCAGUGACGUCUCCUACGACGGCGAGAAGUCCGAUGGUGUGUUGAGAGGCGGCCUGGGUAGGCUAGUGGACGGUACUUAUGGUGGAGACAACUUCAAACUCGACAUCGGAUAUGGGAAAGGUAACGGAUGGGUGGGCUGGAGAAGGGAGUCGUUCCCUCAGAACUACGUGGAACUCGUGUUUGAGUUUGAGAACUUGCGCAACCUCAGCGCUGUUCAUGUCUACACCAACAACUUCUUCAGCAAGGGCGUGCAGGUGUUCAGCAAGGCCAAAGUGCAGUUCAGCGUUGAUGGCAGGACGUACGGCGGUCGCUCUGUCACCUACAACUACAUGCCGGACACCGUGCUUGAGAACGCUCGAAACGUGUCCAUCAACCUCCACAACAGAGUGGCGCGCUUCGUCCGCGUCCAACUAUUCUUCGCUGACAGCUUCAUCAUCAUCAGUGAAGUCACUUUUGAUUCGUAUGCAGUGGAAGGAAAUGUGACAGAAGACUGGGAGGCAGUAGGGGGCGCAGAGGAGACCGUGAUAUACGCGAGAGGUGCUGUGGAUCUCCCUUGGGAGCCGUUUCAAACCAUAACUGCAGAGAAAGACGGCCUUCAAGAGGAUUAUGCUGAGGUCCUGAUAGGAGUUCUAACGGCAGUUAUGCUGCUGUUGUUAGGAAUCUUCAUAAUAAUCUUGUUCCUCAGCCGUCGUCAGAAACUUCAAGGCUCUCCAACCACAAUCCUGAGGAACCCCUUCUCUGUCCGGGUCAACAUGAAGGAUUUACUGAUGAAUUUGUCGCCGCUGAACAAUAACUCGACACACCGCAGCAACUUGCCAACUCCUGUUACUCCAGACGCAGUCACAGAUUCCUUGUCUUUGUGCCUAGAGCAGCAGCACCCACUAGUCUCUUCGUACACCUCGGACAACAACUACACAACGCUACCCAGUCAUGCAUCUAACAUCACAGUAGCUAAGGAUCACGAGAUGGAGAGAAACCCUCCAGUGAGCGAAGACGAGGAAGCCCGGCCUGGCACUGCCACAGCCAGUCCCACCAAGAGUGUCAUGUCACUCCAGCUCCAGUUACAGUUCCAGAACACACCCAUGUCCAGCGCCUCCAGGGCGUCGCUCUGUAGUGGCUCAGACUCUCCCAGCAGAAAACGCUACCAUACAGCGCCCCGGGACAAACAUAGGCAAGCUCCGCCAGUCGUGACGUGGAACAUGGCUCCCAGCAUGGGUCAACCCUACAAGUGUCGGGAGACGGACCUGAUCCCCAUCCCACGGUACUGCCUGCAGACAUUACACCAACUCGGUACUUGUCACUUGGGGGAGAUCCACAUCUGCCAGCUGGAGGAUCACAAGGAGAGGGUCGCCGUACGCACCAUGCGUGGCGACUCUCACCGGGAACUACGCUUCCUCUCUAGUCUCUCGGACACUAACAUCGUGCGGACCAUAGGCGUGUGUACGGCGGAGAGUCCACCCUGGCUAAUCACGGAGUACUGCUGUGACCUUGGUGAUCUUGUACAGCUCCUCCACAGCAGCUCGAGUCUCAAAUAUGAGUGCCUUAUGUUCAUAGCUACACAAGUGGCCUCAGGGAUGAAGUAUUUAGAAUCAAAGAACGUUGUCCACAAAGAUUUGGCGGCAAGGAACUGCCUGGUAGGAAGAGGCUACAUUGUGAAAGUGGCUGACGUCGCCAUGUGUAAUCCAGCGUACGAGGAGGACUACAGCGAGAUCGGCGGUAGACCCUCAGCGCCGGUCCGUUGGCUGCCUUGGGAGAGCAUCCUUCUGGAUCGAUACACGUGUGCGAGUACAGUCUGGUCCUUCGCAGUCACUCUCUGGGAGAUACUCAGCUACGCUCAGGAUAAACCGUACAAGCAGCUCACCAACCAACACGUCAUUCAGAACGCCGAGCACAUGUACUACGGCGGUGAACUGGAGAUAUUGUUGCCCAAACCCAGUGUGUGCCCCCAGGAGGUCUACGAUCUCAUGCAGGGUUGCUGGAGGCGCGAUCCAAAAUCAAGACCUACAUUUAAAGAGAUAUACAUGUUUCUAAAAUGCAAGAAUUUAGUCGCUUUGGAAUGCCUAAGUUCCAAAUAAUAAAACUGUUUAUUAGGAAAUUUAUAUUAGUGGACAUACAUGUAUAAUAGUAAAUAGGGCCAACCCUAGGACACAAACGGCAACAGUCGUCUUUAAGCUAGAUGCUACUUGUGCCCUCGCCUAAAUAUCAGUAACUGUACAGUAAUAAUAAAUAUACAUAUAGACUGAAUAAUGGUAAUACAAUCCUUAAUUUGAUUAUUCGUUCUUGUUUAUAUUUCAGAAUUAACUUUAUUUAGAAGUAUAGAAUAAAAACUGGUUACAUGUUGCUUACGUUAGACGUAAUUAAGUAUUGCGUAGUUAUCAUACACAUAAUCUAAUACUGUAAAUGUCCAAGUCAACUUCAUUAGUGACUUUCCACAUUAUUUACUAUUAGCUUAGUGGAUUAUCAGUUUUAAUUUAGUUGAACUACGUCAUCGUAAAUUUGUCAUUCGUUAUUAAUUUAUUCGACUAUUAAGUCUUAAAUAAUGGAAUGUAAAUAAUUAAAUAGAUGUAAUAUCGUAAGUCAUUUGUAUGUAUGUACAUAAUAUAUUGAUAAUUAGCUGUUUUCCUAAUCGUGGUUUAUUUCAUUAUAAAGGGUAUCGGUAUAGUUUUGAAACAAAUAAAAAAUUCCUAAAGCAUUUGUGAAUACGCAUGGGUGUGCCAUAUGACAUAGAUUAUAUGUCUCAUUUAUUGUAUUACGGAAAUUUAAUCAUGGCCUGAUAGUGUGUUAUUUUUAAUAACUAACCGAAUGCAGAGCGGAUACUAUUUCUAUGUCAGAACGUCUCACAAACGGUCUAUAGUAAUUGUUUCGUUCAUAAAUUGUACAUCUGCUGGGAAAUAUUUUUACAGAUGAGCUCUGCUGUUUCUGUCUAUAAAAAACACUUUAUAAAUACAAUCCAAAAUUAAAUAUUAUUUCAACUACAAUAAGAGGUGUAAAUAUAUUCUAUUGUAAGAUUUACAUUUGGAAAUACAAUAAAAUAAAUUUCUGAUUAUAAAUAUACUUAAAUUGCAUUGUACCUUUAUACUAUGCAAAAUGUAAUUUAUCAUAAGAAUAACGGCCAUAAUAUCAUACAUAGGGAAAUGUUACUUGUUUAGUGAAUCAUUUGCUGGAACGUAAUUAAAAUGCAGUUAGUUACGUAAAGGAUGAUUUAAAGGGAAAACAGGAUUACAUUCCUUCACCAUCGUUAUACGUUGGAACAAAAGAAACACGCUAUAGGGGUCCGGCUUCUGACCUUUCUUUAGGUCUUAAUUUCUAAAACAUAACCUUGCGUACUGAAAAAAGUAACAGUGCAACAUAUGAUAAUAUAUAUUCUGAAAUAAAAUAUAAAAAACAAUAUUAUGCGAAAAAAACUCCACAAAGUAUAGUUAGAAGAAGAGAAAACUAAAACUUACACAGUAGAGGUACCAUUAAAACACAAUGCUCGCGCCGCUGCAGGCAGCACGAGACUGACAAGGAAGUCCAUCGGACAUAAUGAAGGCUUGGGUCAGAAGGUGGCGUCAUAUCUGUAUGCAGAAAAAUAAUAAUACGCAGGUGUGUUCUUGUUUCCUGUCAUUUGUUUAGUUAAUUUAAAAAAAACCUGAGAGUAACCACAAUAUACGUGCCAAUUAAUCUUUAAUGACAUCAUAUUUUGGUCAGUCUUUGUCUGAGAUGUAACCCCUUCUUAAACAGAUUACAGUCUAUCUGAUUUUAGGUAAUGACCAAAGUUUGUUUUCUUUAUAUAAGGUGUUGUCUUAAGAACGUAUCUUUCCCUAAAUAAGUGUAUCUCCAAAAAGGUUUUGUUUUGGACUUAUACUUCCAUGGAUAUCAAAUUGAGGCAGAAAUGCUAUCUAUGUGUUUCAUCGCCUAAACAACAAAAUCCCUCAGUAAAAUUUGCAUAUAUACCAUUACAUUAAGAUCUAGGAAAAGAGAUAUGACAAUAGGUGACGAUUGGAUGACUUUGGUUCAUUAAUCUUCAAAACACGCUAUUCUCUUCUUUGUUUGCGUACAAACACAGGAAAAAUCUAACACUGGAAUGCAGUGGAUCACCAGCGCGUACUGCUCUUAGCUGUUACUAUUGGCAACAGUGCUGUAAGUGAGCCUUAGCGACACAAGUGCUCUCUGAUGCUAUCGUCAUUAACUACGUUUAGAUACUCGUGCCAACAGUCUGUACAGACAUAUCUUUAGUCUUUAGUGCAAGUAUGCCGCUACUCGCUAAGCCAGGUCGUCAAGGCAACGCAGAACUUACGACUCAGUCUCAUCCUGCCUAGAGUGGUACGUGCACGUGUUUCAGAGGUGUUUAUCCUGUGUCGUGUUUCUUCGAUUGUCCUCCUGAUGCGUUACUGAGUUCAGGUGGAUAUCUGCUUUUGGUAUAAAUUUCAUUUCAGUUGUUUUAAUGGUUGUAAAUUGUAUUAGAAUUUGCAUGCUUGAAUUAUUAUUUUAGAGUUUAAAACGUAAAGAUGCAUAUGUCUGUAAUCCUGUUAUCUGUGUACAACUUAGUUAUAUAAUGUGUUUUGUACUUUAUAUUUCACUACGUAUCCAUUACCUAAAUUUCAGAAACACACAAUUUAACUAGUAGGCCUUUUACUUGUACAAGUAAUUAAUUUCUUCAUUGAUAAUUUUAAAAUGUUGUGACUUAAGUUGUUUGUUCCUCCUUUCUAAUACAUCCCGGCAUGGUAGUGUAGCCAGUGAGUUUAGAUUUGUAGGAAGGUAAGUAAUAAGGGACCCAACAGUUGUUGAAGUAUUUUUCUAAGUCUUUAAGCUCUGUUAUUGAUAAGUAACAUGUUUCGAUAUCUGGUCACAAUAGGCUUGUUAGAUUAGUGUGUAAGUUAGACCAUCUGUAGGGGGUGAUUUUGUUUGUAGAUUCUUACAAUGUAACUUUUCGUACGAAUUAAAGCACAUAAUUUUCUACCAGUUAUAUAACGCAUGUAUCGAAAAUGUUUAAUUUAAUAAGGCUUAUGAAAUGGAAUAAUACAAUUAAAAUAUCCUAAAUUCAUAAAAUUUAGACAAUUUUAUUUGCCAUUUGAAGCUGGAAAGGGGUGUUAAUGCAGUUUAAAUUUUGCAGUUGCUAUCUAUAAUCUCAUACUUAACAAUGUAGAUUGAUAUUCAAAUUAUAUAUUGGUAAAGGUCAUAACACAAGGGGUUUUCACGUGUUUCAUUAAAGAUUUAUUUUCACAUAUUGUUGUAGUAAAAAUGAUUAAACAGAAAAUUAUGUUAUGUUUAGACAAUCCAUUAUACAAUGCGUUGAUUAUGUUUGUACAAAAAAGUGUUACAUGGUAAUUAGCUGUGGAUAUAAUCAAAUGCCGACAAUCUCUUGUUAUUUUAAAUACUAUCGAAAUGUUAUAUCUAGAGUUCUCUAUCGAAUCCUAAUUGCUAUUUUCUUACCCUAUACUGCCUAAUCCUAAACUAUUUUCUUAACAUAACACGUGUUAGUUUGUUGUUUAUAAACUCUUGAUUUUCCAUAAAAAUACGAACUGCUAAAAUUAUAACAAAUACCACGUAAGAAAAACUAGAUGUAGUGAAUAACGUAACAUUUUAAGUAUAAAGAUUGUUAGCUUAUACCAAUAUAACAAAGUAUCCAUGAUAAUGAUUUAACGUUAAUAGUAAGCUUAAAUAUAUUUUAUAGACUGUGUAAAAUGUGUCCUGUCUUAUUACUAUAAUUACCUACGAAAAGUACUGAAACUUUGUGUUAGAAAUGUGGUUGAUUUUGAAAGACAUGCUUUAACAGGUUAUGUUAUUUAAUAGUAAGUUUGUGAUGUUUUGCCAAACAUACAGCGUUUAUUAUGGUGUGGGGCAGAUGGAAUGUCAGCAAUACGGCUUGUGAUACUCUCUACCUGUGGUUGUGAGGAACCGACAAAUCUGUGUUCUCCAUUUCACCCGCUUUUAUUUAGAUAAAAGUGCUUCCAGUUAGAUAUAUCUAUUAUAGUAUAGAGUUUGUAUUUACAAUAGAAUGCAAUAAAGUUGCACCCAAUAAAGAACUCUUGGAUUCGCACUUUCUA